CUGUGACUGGUGGGCUAAAUCUUUUGUACACUCGUAAACGUUAAAAACAUGAUAGCCCAGAUGUUGUUUUCGGUCGUUCCGCAUCUGGCGGGCUGCUUCCCUUCCAUCUAGGAAUGGCACGCGGCGCCACGGUGGUAACGUGCAGGCAGAGGCUCGGGGAUUUCCUCGCUCGCUCGCUUGUUUUUGUAGGCGGGGAGUUGUUUGCCACUUUCGCACAAGCAGGGCGCCGAAGGGUUGAGUCGCGGAAUGUCAGGAGAUCUUAACCAGCGUGUAACCUGCGCAGGUUUUUACUCGUAAUUAGUUUGUUAUUACGCCCGGUCCGCCGUGUCCGCGCGCCUCUCCGUGGGGUUUGUCAACUCAUGCGCUUCUCGCUGCUCAAACCUGCUGCUUCAUCACCUCGUUGUGCGAAGAAGCCGAGCCGAAUCAGCGGUGCAGCCAGAUCAGAACACUCAGCAGUUCAGGUGGACGCUGCUCUUGUGGCAUGAAUACCAUAAACAAAGGAAACAAGGCCUUAAAGGGACACGGGUGGAGCACAAAAUGAAGGAACUUCCGAGAGUUACAAGUAUAACGUUUCAGUUCUCAGGAUGGUAAAGCGGGAGCCUGGGGAAAACGGCACCAGUCUUACGGACGAUGAGCUGGUCACCAUGUCAGUCCGUGAACUGAAUCAGCAUUUACGGGGGCUCUCUAAAGAAGAGAUCCUACAGCUAAAGCAGCGACGGCGCACCCUGAAGAAUCGUGGCUAUGCGGCUAGCUGCAGGGUUAAGCGGGUCACCCAGAAGGAGGAGCUUGAAAAACAAAAGGCCCAGCUGCAACAGGAAGUGGACAAGCUAGUGACAGAGAAUGCCAGCAUGAAGGUGGAGCUAGACGCUCUGCGCUCAAAGUACGAAGCCCUGCAGAGCUUUGCAAGGACUGUGGCCCGCAGCCCUGUCACUACAGGAAGGGGACCUAUGGCCUCUGUGAUAGGGCCCCUCAUCCCUGGUAAAGUAGCUGCCACCAGCGUCAUCACCAUCGUCAAAUCCAAAACGGAGGCCAGGUCGUAGUAGCAGAGCAGGCAGAGGGAAGAUUUUCUCGCCUGAACUCGUCAGUGCAUUUUAACAUGAUGCAGGGUCUCCUGUUUAUUCAGUUGUACCUUAACACACAUAAAUGCUUCCGGACUCACUCUUAGCAAUGCAACACAGCGGUCUUCUACUUUUUAAUUCAAAAGAAAGUCUCAGAGGUGGUCCCUACCUGUGAAAAAACCCUCUUUACUUCUUUUUUCAAAAGACUUAAUCAAUCAAAUACUAUCAUGUUAGGCCCUCUUGCUUGUUAUUCUGCACUGACUUGGAUCAAUAAUAAAUGGUCACAUUAUUGGUCCUAAUGCUACAGAAGUCUUCAAAAACAACUUAACUAACCCAAAACUAGCUAUUUUAGUCCAAUUUGUGAUAUUUCUGUUUGUUUUGUUUUGGUGUUAGGUGUCUCUCAGUGAUAUAGGCAUAAAACAAUGCUGACAAACCUAGUGUUCAUUUCCAUUUAUGCAUUCAUGAAAGGCUUCAGUGAAGUUGUCAUUAUCGACAUGACUGGUAGAUGCAAUAAUAUAUGUAUGCACUGAAAACACACUUGGGGAAAAAAUAAAGAGAUCUUGUUUAUUUAUCUUAGCGGUAUGAUUCCAGAGCUAAGUGCCAUUCCAAUAUGACAAGAUUCUGCUACGAUAUCAGAAAACCUGAAUGUUAUUACAGUAAUACCCUCACGAUUCGUGAGAAAACUCAUUAUGGUCAUGGGGAAAAUAUGUUGGUUUCUUUAAAAAAAAUAAUAUAUAUAUAUAUAUUGCGUUUUUUUGUAAUUACUUCUUAACAUCUCUGUCAGAUAUUUCCAGAAGAGAGUCUUUACACAAGCUUUACUGUUUGAAUCGUUAAAAGGUAGGAUACUUUGUCUAUCAUUGAGUUCAUGGUUUUUAUUACUUGGUAGAUUAAACUCCAUCGUUUAUAGAAAUACAGAAAAAGAAAAUGAAUAAAAAAAAAUCCCGUGACAUCUCUUUUGCAAUUGUACCAAAAGUGGCUUAUUAUUGAAGUCUGAUAGCUUUUUUUCUAGUGACUAGGCGCGUACAGUGGGGUAGCGCGUAACGUGACGUGUACGUGGCAAGUUGGCGGUGUUGUUCACUGUAUAGAUGUCAACGCUGUGCUAUUUAAGAAAAAAAAAAACUAAUCUGUAGAGCUAAACUCGGUGGUGUGAACAAGGUCAGUUGUCUGUGUGCGUAUUGGCAUCUGUGAUAUCCUCUGCUUUCUCUGUGUUAGUUAUCAAUCAUAUUGUCAUCAAGAGUUUAUGUCAGCGAGCAGUGAAAGGCAGGUAGUGAACUAGCCAGUGAGUGUAAAUUAAUCUUAAACUGAAGCUAAAAAUAUGCUGCACCUGAUGUUGGAUACCUUCAAUAUGCAUCCUCUGUGAACUGAGAAGAAAGAACUAAGUAUUGGGAGGAUUUUACUAGUUUUCCAGCCUCUUACUUGAUCCCAACAACAGUUCCAAUCAGGGGUUAACGUACUUAUCAUUGGCAUGAAGGACAUAAUUAUUUCGAGCUUUUCAUUGUAUUUUUUUCCCUUAUAAUAUCAAUUGUUUCAUAUAAAACUUUCCUUUCUUUAUUGACCAACAGAUUCAUAUUCUAUAUACAGGCUAAAUAGACCCAUACACUCCCGCUGGUAUUUGGUCAAAUUAGAAGAGAAAUUUGAGGAGAAAACUAAUCUUUUUGUAGCCAUCUGUAGACUCAUAAUAAUUCUGACUAGAUAUUUUAUAAUCAAUGUUUGUAGAAAUGGAGCUACUCUAAAUUAUUUGUGUCUCUUUCUUUGAGUAUAGUUUUUAAUAAGUCAUUUGGGGUCACUUUCCUGUUGGAGCACCUAUUUUAGUGCAAGUUUAAACCACUAGCUUCCUGAUCUGUCCUCGGUUGAAUAUAAAGGCAGUACCUAUCAUCUCCCCACCUCCUUUUUAAUGCAAGGUACCAGUAAUGUGAGAAUUAAAGCAACCCCCUAUGAUGACAUGGUCACCGCCAUGCUUCACAGUUUAAAAUAUGGAAGCCUUACUUUGAACUGAAUUGGAUUUUUUUUAUUCCAUACAAAAAUAUAAGGAAUAAAAUGGGCAU